GCCAAGUUCGCACAACUCGUUUGCCUCUCUGCUAAGGUGCGUGUUACAUUUACAGGAACGGAAACCGGGAACUUGCGAUCUUGGACAGCAACCAUUCAUGGCGGCUGCUAGAAACAUCUUGCAGAUGAGGCGAGUGGUUUCUUUUCUUGGACAUAAUUCCAAUCAACGCUAUAUCUCUCCCACUAAUAGAGAACCAACCUGGCAACUUCUUCCUUCUGCAAGUUCUAUAUUCGCCCGAGAUGAUUUUUUCAGAAGGUUUCACACUCAAAUAAAUCCAGCUAGUCAUCCUAAUGAGGAUUCAGAAAACCAUGAAACUGGUAGUCUCGCACCAAGUCAUGACUCGGCAACUGCUCCUUCCCAGACAAAUGGUGGCAAUAAUUCUGCUGUAGAGUACUCCACUAUAUCCAACUUGAAAACAUCACCAAGGCAUGAUCUUGCAAUGAUCUUUACCUGUAAGGUCUGCGAGACAAGAUCAGUGAAGACAGUUUGUCGCGAAUCAUACGAGAAAGGUGUGGUGGUGGCACGUUGUGGUGGCUGUAAUAACUUACAUCUGAUUGCAGAUCGGCUCGGGUGGUUUGGAGAAAUUGGAAGCAUUGAGGACUUCCUGGCUGCUCGUGGGGAGGAAGUGAAAAAAGGGUCUGUAGAUACACUGAAUUUAACACUUGACGAUUUAGCUGGAAGCAAAAUUUUAAAAGAGUAGACAAUUUCAGCUGCCAUGUAUCAGUGUAUGAGAGAAUCGAUUUGUUGAAUCGUGUAAGAAUUACAAAUUUUUUAUGACCUAAUUCUCAUUGCAAUUUGGAAUUGCAUUUCUCAUGUACCUUGAAAAUGAAAUGUGACUAUGAACUUUUUCUUCUUAUUAUUAAUAAAAUUUAAAUUUUUCUAAA